CUCCUCCGCUCCAGGACAGGCCUCGCGCGCCCAGCCCGCCGGGCGCGCCCCGAGUGUGCGAAAUGGCCGACCAGGGCGCGGCCCGAGUCCCGCGCACCCCUCACCGGCCGCCGCCCCCGGAAGGAGACGCCAGGGCUUCCGAGUGGAGUGCGGAGGGAAGGGGCGCUCGGCUUGCGGAGGAAGCCGAGGUCGGAGUGGGAAACUAGGGGCGACCAAGAGGAAAUCUAGACCCGGAGCGUCAGGGAAAGGGAAGUGGGAUACCACAUUGAAUGAACAAAGACUGAACUUUGUUUACAGAUACCUUUUAUAAAAGAUGUCUGUGGAGUAGUGUUACAGUUCAAAUAACAAAGGAUUUUGCAUUAUGAGAUGAGUGAGAGUGGAGAAUUGGACAAAAAUUGAUUUUUGAUCUCUGAAUCGUGGUUUUUAGCUCACCAGUUAUUGUGUAGUCUCACUAUUUGAAAGUUCAUGCUGAAAAACUGAGUGAAUAUGAUCAGAUUUCUCCACCAAAUUCUCAGCCUGAUAAGGAAAAUCCCGUUUUGUCAACCUAAUGAAGCAUUCAAAGAAGACAUAUGACUCUUUUCAAGAUGAACUUGAAGAUUAUAUUAAAGUACAGAAAGCCAGAGGCUUAGAGCCAAAGACUUGUUUCAGAAAGAUGAAAGGGGACUAUUUGGAAACCUGUGGGUACAAAGGAGAGGUUAAUUCCAGACCCACGUAUAGAAUGUUUGACCAGAGACUCCCAUCUGAAACCAUCCAGACCUACCCAAGAUCAUGCAAUGUUCCACAAACAGUGGAAAAUUGGUUGCCUCAGUGGUUACCAGCCCAUGACAGCAGAUUGAGACUAGACUCUCUGAGCUACUGUCAGUUCACCAGGGACUGUUUCUCAGAAAAACCAGUACCCCUGAACUUUAAUCAACAAGAAUAUAUUUGUGGCUCACAUGGUGUAGAACCUAGAGUUUACAAGCACUUCUCCUCAGAUAACAGUACCAGUACUCAUCAAGCCAGUCACAAACAGAUACAUCAGAAGAGGAAAAGGCACCCAGAGGAAGGCAGAGAAAAAUCAGAGGAGGAGCGGUCUAAGCAUAAGAGAAAAAAAAGCUGCGAGGAAAUUGACUUAGACAAACACAAGAGCAUCCAAAGAAAGAAAACAGAGGUGGAAAUAGAAACCGUACAUGUCAGUACAGAAAAGCUUAAGAAUCGAAAGGAGAAAAAAAGCCGAGAUGUAGUCUCUAAGAAAGAGGAACGUAAGCGUACAAAAAAGAAAAAGGAACAAGGCCAAGAAAGGACAGAGGAGGAAAUGCUUUGGGACCAGUCUAUUCUUGGAUUUUGAAGCUUUCAAAGUUGGUUCUCCCAAAGUUAAAUUGAAAAAAUAGGUGAGAGCUUGGUUUUAUGAUAUCCGUGUUCAUACCACUUUUCUUAUGUGAAUAGGUUCUUUAACUUCUAACAAAGGCCUAGUAAACAGAAAGUGUUUAGCAUGCUUGCUCUCCAACACAGAAAUUGCUUUUCCUCAUUUUCUAAAAGCAUUAUUACAUUUUUUGAACAUAUAGUGUAAUUUCCUUUAAUGAAAGUGACUCUGCUUUUAUUCAUCAAAUUGCUUUGAUGGUGGAAUUAUUUUCUGUUGGGAGGUUAUUUAUUUUAAAUUGGAGGAUUAAUGACCUUUGUACAAUCCGUUUCUUGAUUGGGUUUGUUAUAGUUUUGAGUUGGGUAUUUUAUGUUCAUUGGUUUUUCUCUGUGAAGCAAUUUUUUUCUCCUUUAUUAGAUCUAACUUGCAGUGUAUUUUCUAGGCUGGAAAGUGGAAAAUGAAAUAUAUUAUAAUCUUAGGUUACAUAAAGUUUCUAAAGUUUCAAAGAGUCUUGAUACAAAAUCAGUUUAUAUUCUGAAAAUAUUUAUAAUAAAGUAUUCUAAUUUCUA